CUCCGUAUCGUUGACACGUCCUACGAAAAGAGUGUAGAGAGUCAGUCGGUACGUUCGCUUCUCUCGUGACUCGUCUUGUGCGUUGAUCCUCGAUCACGAAAUAACCUCCUCGUGACACACCGAACGAUCACGUCGUUCGGUCUUCACGGGCCGAUCGCUCACCAGCGAGAACGCUACGUGUACUACGUGGCUCGACGUGAGCGUUUUCUUUAUUUCAAAUAUCGCGCGUGCAUCGGACAGUGCGCGUGCCGUGCGACCGUUGGGUCGCUGACUUUCAAAAUAGUUUCAAUCGCGCUUUCAACCUAUCGAGUACGUCGCCGUGUUGUAGGAGCCGUGUAUCGACCGUAUAUCGAUCCGCGAUCCUCUUUCGACUUGUUCGUUUUCCCACUUUCUCGCCGUGUCGUGUAGCACGAGACUGCAAUCGUAUAACAGUGGAUUGGUGAACUUCGGGUGUGACACUUUUUGUUCGAAUUAGUGAGCUAAUUUGCACGGGGAACUAUGUCGUCGACUGGCAAUUGUCUGUUCGCUACGGUGGCCCUUCUGAUCGCCUUUACGACCGGAAUCAACGCCAUACAAACCAUGGACGCCAAGAUUCGCGACGACUCCGACUUGUCCCAGUUCUAUCAGUUAUUGGAAGCAAGUCAGGUAGCAAACACCACGCUCACGUAUCGUCAUGUGACGGUUUUCGCACCGACGAAUCGAGCCUUCCAGAAGUACAACGGAACUACGAAAAACUUGGUCCUCUAUCACAUGUCAAACUUUCCAAAAACGAUUGAGAAUCUAGGGGACUCGAUCUCGUCGGAAUUGGAGGGUAAUCCACCCUUGUGGGUCACCAGGAGACCAGGCACGCACGGCCAGGAAGUCUACAUAAAUAAUGCAAAGAUCCUUAUGGAACGUAGCAACUUUCAAUCGAAAGUUAUUGCCGGCGGCGACGUGAAGACUCAGGUUUUGCACAUAAUAAACGAAGUGUUGGAGCCAGUGCGCUCGAAUUCCGCGGAAAUGCCGAUCUACAGCCCGAACGCCUUCGAAUUUCUGAAUCAAAGUGAGAAUCUCGACUUGGGUGUUCAUCGUGUUCGAAUCUUCCGACAGCGGAUCGUGACGGAAAAGAAGGAGGAAGUCUUCAAGGCGGACGGACGUUACACCUUUCUUAUCCCCGUUGAGGAGGGUUUCCGGCCGUCGCCCAGGCCGGAGAAGGUUGACCGUGUGGUAAUUGAUGGCCACGUAAUACCAAACCACGUCCUCUUCACGACACCGACACCUCACAAUGUACCUUACGAGACACUUGCGUUCACGGAUAACGUCAAGGUCACCGUUAGCUUCCUCAAGGAACAUGACAAGGUUUACGUGCAAUCGAAUACCAUGAUUGGCGACGCUGGCCACCCGACCGGAGUCGUGUUGGCCGAAAUAAUUAAACCGAACAUCCCAGUGCGCAAUGGAGUGGUCCAUUUGAUUCAACGGCCUCUUAUGGUCGUCGAUACCACAGUGAAGGACUUCCUCGAGUCCUUCAAGGUAAUUCGCCGCCAGCUUUUUCUCUAGUUUUUUCUUCUUCCAUUUUCUAUCUGUCUGUCUCUCUUUCGCUCUGUCUUCAUUUUCUUUCAUUCUCUCUCUCUAUCUAUCUAUCUCUCUAUCUCUACAUAUUACAUACUACAUAAUGUUUGUAUAUAUAUAAAUUUCAUUCAUUACACUAUAAUAUAUUAUAUCGCUGUACAUGUAUCAUAUAUUCGCAGACAUGAUCAAGCAACCUUCUGUCUUUUCCGUCUCUUCUAUCAUUCUCACUGCUCUGUUUCAUUCUAUCUCUCUUCAUUCUCCUGUUGUUUUCUACUUCAUACGCUUCCUUCUCGCAAGCGAGUCGCAACAUUUUUUCGCUCACCCUCGAUCCAUUUAGUGCAUCCGCUUGCGUACACAAUCAGGACCACAACGUGAUCCAACGCGAUCGAUCCUCCGGAGACGAAGAAAUGGUUUAUUACUAUGACUUUCGUUUUUUAAUCGUCUUUGAACGAGAAGCAGAUAAUAAAGGUUAGACAGAAAUAGAUAUUCAGAU